CCCACACCCCCAGUAAUGCAUUUCCGCAGGGCCCUCAAUCCUGAGAGGCGAAAUCUCUGCACUCAUGUGACAGCCACUCGACUUUUUGAUCAGUGGGGAUCCCUCAAGUGCUGCCUCUGCCACAGACACGCCAAUAUUGGCUGGCUAUACCGCUGUACUCAAGACUCGGACGGCUUUCUUCCUGCUACCGAUUUUAUCAAUGGCUCCCAUGCCCUUGCUGAUAAAUCGCCCUUCCAGGAUGUUGCCUUGCACACUCUUUCUCCGCCCAUCAUCAAGGCCAUUGCCGACGGUCAAUACACCGAUGAACAGAUCAAGAUCUUAAUUCAACAGAAGGAAAAGGUUCGUGAUAUCAUUCUCGCCCAAGAACCUAGACCUGCAACAGCUUCCACUGCCACCACCAACUCCUCAGCAUCGUCUUCCACUUCCUCAAAAUACGGCAUUCCUUCCACCCUGCCCAAAAGUACCACCUUCUCCACCACCUCCACUGCCUCCCUCGAUGAAGAGAUCCGAAAGGCCUAUGACUGGAAUGAGCUGCAGAAGGUGUGGUUGUCCGAACCUACCAUGCCACCUCCGGACCCUACCUCACCCUCUCUUACUCAAUCUCACCUCGCCUUCCCCAACCCCGUUGCUGCGCCAAAGGCCUGCUCCUUCAAGAUAUGCCCGACCUGCCGACCUACUUGUCGUGAUCGAACCUUCCAAUCUCUCAACGCCGUUUUGAACAGCCCAGUCAAGGUACCUCCGAGCUGGGAGCUCGAGAAUCGUCCCAUAUCCGACGCCAGUGUCCUGGCCAAGGUCCAGGUCCCGUCCCAUAUCCAACUUUCGGCCACCCUGGACCAUUUCUACUCUCGUCUCAGCAAAAGUGCUGUACAGUCUGCCGCUACCCUCCGCACCCUAGACAACCUGGACGAAGAAAUUUCAACUCUCAGAGCCGAAAUAGCUGCAAUAGACAAAAGUUCAAUUAGGAAGCGAAGCGGCUUUCGCCAGACCGUCAGGAAUGCUUUGGCCCGCGCUCGCAGCGAGGAUUCUACCAAGGGAGAGAGCGCCAGAGAGAAUGGGAAUGAGAAUGAGAUGCUGGCUCAAGACAGUGCGGCAGGUUCACGUCAUUCACACUCUCACAUCUUUGGACGUCCAAGAUCUCGUCUCACCCCAUCUUUCAUCGAAACCCAUGGUCAACUUGUCGACACCAGCGCCUUACAAGAUUCAGUUAUGUUGAUGCUCGCCUCCAACACUCCACUGCCUCAUACACCAAGC